AUGAAUGAGAUUUUUUAUUAUUCAGAAGAAAUUGAUAAUUUAUUAGAGGAUUAUAGAAAAUUAUUAAAUGAUCUGAAAAAUGAAUCAUGUGAAGAAAAAACGAACAAAUACUAUAAUGAUAUAAAUUUUAUUAGUGAAAGAAUAAAAACAGCAAAAGAUGCUUAUUUUAUUGAAGUACGAAAUUUACCAGAAAAAGAUCAAAAUAAUCAUAUAUUAAAAAUAAAAGGUAAAAUGUCUAUUUUAGAAAAUUUAAAUUUGGAAUUUGAUUUUAUAAAAAGUAAAUUAAUAUAUGAAAAGAAUGAAGAAAAAAAAAGGAAAAUAGUAAAAGAAAAAUAUUUAACACCAAAAGAAAUAGAGGUAAGAGGAGACAUAAUUCAAGAUCAUACAAAAGAAUCUAUUUAUCGAAUGAAAAAAAUGGUAGACGAAUCAGAACAAAUGACCAAAGAAGCAGCAAAUAAAUUAAAUAUACAGAACGAAAAACUACAAGAAGUAACUGACAACAUUGAUGAUGUUGAAAAGAAUAUAACUAAUGCAAAACAAACUUUAAGAGAAAUAGCUAAAGAAGCGAUAACAGACAGAUUUGUUCGUCUUUUAGCUCUUUUAAUUUUUAUUGUUUUAAUUAUUUUAAUAGCUUUAAUUGCUAUUCCAAAAAAAAAAAAAUAA